ACUAAAUAUAUAAAGGUGACAAUGUUAGACACAACACCAUUAACUCUAGAUCUCCAAGAGCAUCUGAAAUCUUCACUGGUAUCUUCAGAUACAGAGAUGCUUUUCUCUGUCCUUCUUGUGCUGGGUGUCUGCCUGGUGCCUGCUCACUCCAAACCAGCAGGAGAAUAUCUUGGCAGUCCUCUCCUUCAACACUGCUUUGAGGAGGCAAAGAAACUCGUGGAUGAUGCGUACAAGUACUCCAGAGAAGAGAGUCUGAGAAGAGUCCGCAAGGAGGCGGUGAGUCCUCACGAUACCCUUCGUCUCCUGAAGCAGCCUCGUGGUGACACACGCUCAGCUGUGAGAUCUGCAGACUACAUGGAGCAAACCCUCCGUCUGCUGCAGGAGAGGGUGCAUCGUGUGCACAAACGUUCAGUCAACGCAACAGAUUUGCUCUCUGAAGAGGAUCUGGCAAGUCUUGUCAGGAUAACUGGAUGUAGUGCUCGAGUCAGCCGUCCACAAUGCCUCACCACACCAAACCUCAACAAGUAUCGAACAAUCACCGGUGUCUGCAACAACCUAAAUAGCCCUCGUCUCGGCGCCUCCAACACCCCCUUCACCCGCUGGCUACCAGCCGAAUAUGACGACGGCGUCUCCCAACCGAAAGGCUUCAACAAAAACCGAACAUUCAACAACUUCUUGCUCCCACUGGUGCGACAGGUAUCCAACAACAUCCUAAGCACAACAGACGCAGGUGUGGUCAACGACUCAGAAUUCACUCACAUGGUGACCUUGUUUGGGCAGUGGAAUGACCACGACAUCAGCUUCACGCCCUUCUCCCCCAGCAUCCGCUCCUUCAGCAACGGGUUGAACUGUGACCAGAGCUGUGAGAAUUCUGACCCAUGCAUCCCCAUCCCGAUUCCUCCCGGCGACCCCCGCUUGCCCUCCCGCCCAGACAGCUGCAUCCCUGCGUUCAGAACCGCCGCCGCUUGCGGAACGGGAUACUCGGCCUACAAUUUCGGCGGAGAUCCCAACAAGAGAGAGCAGAUCAACGCCCUGACAGCCUUCCUGGAUAUCAGCCAGGUGUACGGCUCUGAAGAUAAGCUUGCCCUGUUUCUUCGCGACCCUGAUAGUGAUGGCGGCCUGCUGCGCAUCAAUGCAGAGUUCAGAGACAACAGUCGUGAGCUGCUGCCUUUCCACCCUCUCCAGGUGAACUUGUGUGCCACUCGCAAAAGAGUCACCAACGACACGAACGCCAGAGAGGUGCCCUGUUUCAUUGCAGGUGAUGGACGUGUGGACGAGAACGUCGCUCUGACAUCCCUCCACACACUGUUUCUGCGUGAGCAUAACCGCCUGGCUCGUGAACUGAAGAGCCUAAACCCACAAUGGGACAGCGAGACCCUCUACCAAGAGGCCCGCAAGAUCAUGGGUGCUUACACACAGGUGUUUGUGUUCAGGGACUAUCUGCCACACAUUGUGGGUGACAACGCGAUGCGUACGCAGCUUGGCCGUUACCCUGGCUACAAUCCCAACAUUGACCCCAGCGUUGCCAACGUCUUUGCAACAGCAGCUUACCGCUUCGCCCACUUGACCCUCCAGCCAGUCUUAGCCCGUCUGGAUGAAAACUACAGAGAGAACCCUCAGUUCCCCAGUGUCCCUUUGUUCAAGGCCUUCUUCACCCCCUGGAGAAUUGUCUUUGAGGGUGGCGUUGACCCUCUGCUCCGUGGUUUGAUCGGGCGUCCCGCUAAACUGAACACUCAGGAUCACAUGAUGGUGGAUGCUAUUAGGGAUAGGUUGUUCCAGUUUGUGAGGCGUCUGGCUUUGGACCUGGGCUCUCUCAACAUGCAGAGGGGACGUGAUCACGGCUUGCCUGGCUACAACGCCUGGCGCAGGUUCUGCGGCCUGUCUCAGCCCAGUAACCAGGCAGAGCUCGCUCAGGUCCUGAACAACAACGACCUGGCCGGCAGGCUGCUGCAGCUCUACGGUACGCCCGACAACAUCGACGUCUGGCUGGGAGGUGUGGCAGAGCCGUUCGUCCGCGGUGGCCGUGUGGGGCCUCUGUUCUCCUGCCUCAUCGCAACACAGUUCCAGAGGAUCCGCCAGGGUGACAGGCUGUGGUAUGAGAUCCCGGGCGUCUUCACCCCGAGUCAGAGAGCCGCUCUGUCCUCUGCCACCAUCUCCAGGAUCAUCUGUGACAACACCGGGAUCACGUCUGUCCCCAGUGACGUCUUCACCGUCCUCUCAAACAGGAACCGGCUCGUCCCCUGCAACAGCAUCCCAAGACUGAACCUGUCAGCCUGGAGGGUCCAGUAAGACCCCCUGUCCCGAGAGGACCUCCUGGACCGCCAGAACUCAACAUCAAUGCCUCACAACCACAAUGUGCCUUCUCCGUCCGCCUGGGCGAGUAUAACCUAUCCUCAAAGAGAAUCGUUCAUUUCCGUCAGGUCAUCUAUAACAAACAGAACCAUUACAGCACUAAGGCGGGCCUGUUUACGUGCGUCAUCCCCGGUCUCUAUCAGUUCAGCUUCCUCACACAUUCCUGCACAUCCUCAUCAGUGCAGGAAGUGUAGACCUGUGGCAAAGAGCUGGUGCUGCACAGUAUCAAGGUUUAUCAGGGAGGUUGCCACUUGUCAUCAGGGGACAUCAGUGCUCGGCUGGAGACCAGUGACAGGACCACCGGCCUGAACACCAAAAGCUUCUUCUCAGGACACCUGCUCUUCACUGUGUGACACAAACAGCUUCUCCAGACUGAACCGCCACCCUCUAAUACACCAGUGGUCUGUCUGCUUUAGGAUAUGUUUUAAUAACUCACCCUCUCUGCACUGAACUUUACUUUAAUCAGGUCAUUUAUCAAAUAUCUAUUAUUGAUCAUUUACUUAUUUUUCUUUUGGGCAAAUGGACCAGACUGGGGCACACCAUACAACUGUACAUGUUACACAUUUUUUAAGAAAAUGAACACAUUUUCAACCUAAUGAACAUGAAAUAUGAUUGCAUUACAUUUGUUAAACUCUGUUACAGCAUGCAGUCUACUGGACCAGAAAUUUGUCACUAGCCAAUUUUGAUGGUGGGAUUUACUGGUAUUAUUAUGAAUAUUUUAUGCACUGAUGAAAUUAAAGCAUGAUUUGAAAAUGCUGUGUGUUGUGCUUUGUCUGGGAGGCUUGUUUUACUGUAACUUUCAUAUCUGUUGUAUUUUUACAUUCAAUAAAUAAACUAACAGCAGCAAA